UUUUAGGGGGCAACCGGAGGAAGGGAUGACAGGGAUAAAGAACCAGCAAGGGCUGGGGCAGGGACUGGGUUGCCUGAGCAGGGCGUGCUGCCGUCGUCAGCCCGCAGGGGGCGCUAGCAGGCAGUCUCUUGCUCCCCCGCCUCCUCCUCCUCCCCACGUGAAAGGAGGCUGGGACGCAAAGAAUGCGCCCGCCCCGGGGCUGACGCGCCCCGCGGCGGGCGCGAUCGAUCUUAAAAGGCCGGGCCGUGCGUGUGGCAUUUCGGUAGAGCUGAAGAGGAGGCAAGUUGGAAGUGCUGGGCGGCGGGCACACUGCUGUCACUGCGCCUGAGCAUCCCUGGGCUUCCCGAAGCGGACGAGCGGGCCGUGCACGCAGCCCUAGCCACGCGCCCAUCGCGGCGCUCGCCUAGUCCCCGUACCCGCGAGCGUCCGGGACUUCGCACAAAGCACGUUUCCCAAAGCAGCGCAGGGAGCGCCCGGCCGCACGCACCCUUCCUCUCCUUUGUUGCCGGGGUCUGCUGCAAGUCUGCGAACGAAGUCUUCUCCCCAAGUCGGAAUCUCCUUCCCGGGGUGGCGGGUCGCCGAGUACAGCAGCGAAGAUGCCCUUGGAGCUAACCCAGAGUCGGGUGCAGAAAAUCUGGGUGCCCGUCGAUCAUCGGCCCUCGUUGCCCAGAUCCUGUGGGCCAAAGCUGACCAACUCCCCCACAGUGAUUGUCAUGGUGGGCCUUCCUGCCCGGGGUAAGACUUACAUCUCUAAGAAGUUGACUCGCUACCUCAACUGGAUUGGCGUCCCAACGAAAGUGUUCAAUGUGGGGGAGUAUCGCCGGGAGGCUGUGAAGCAAUACAGCUCCUACAACUUCUUCCGCCCUGACAAUGAAGAAGCCAUGAGAGUCAGAAAGCAGUGUGCCUUAGCUGCCCUGAGAGAUGUCAAAAGUUACCUGACAAAGGAAGGGGGACAAAUUGCAGUUUUUGAUGCCACCAAUACUACUAGAGAGAGAAGACAUAUGAUCCUUCAUUUUGCCAAAGAAAAUGACUUCAAGGCGUUUUUCAUCGAGUCUGUGUGUGACGACCCUACAGUUGUAGCUUCCAAUAUCAUGGAAGUUAAAAUCUCUAGUCCUGAUUACAAAGAUUGCAACUCGGCAGAAGCCAUGGACGACUUCAUGAAGAGGAUCAAUUGCUAUGAAGCCAGCUACCAGCCCCUUGACCCUGAUAAAUGUGACAGGGAUUUGUCACUGAUCAAAGUGAUCGAUGUUGGCCGGAGGUUUUUAGUGAACAGAGUCCAGGACCACAUCCAGAGCCGUAUUGUGUACUACUUGAUGAAUAUCCACGUGCAGCCCCGCACCAUCUAUCUGUGUCGGCAUGGGGAGAACGAGUUCAACCUCCAGGGCAAGAUUGGGGGUGACUCGGGCCUGUCCAGCAGAGGCAAGAAGUUUGCCAACGCCCUGAGCAAGUUUGUGGAGGAGCAGAACCUGAAGGACCUCCGUGUGUGGACCAGCCAGCUGAAGAGCACCAUCCAGACAGCGGAGGCGCUGAGGCUCCCCUAUGAACAGUGGAAGGCGCUCAAUGAGAUCGAUGCUGGCGUGUGUGAGGAGCUGACCUAUGAGGAGAUCAGGGACACCUACCCUGAGGAGUACGCGCUGCGUGAGCAGGACAAAUACUACUACCGCUACCCCACUGGUGAGUCCUACCAGGACCUGGUUCAGCGCCUGGAGCCUGUGAUCAUGGAGUUGGAGCGCCAGGAGAAUGUGCUGGUCAUCUGUCACCAGGCUGUCCUGCGCUGCCUGCUAGCCUACUUCUUGGAUAAGAGUGCAGAGGAAAUGCCCUACCUGAAGUGUCCCCUUCACACCGUCCUGAAACUGACACCUGUCGCUUAUGGCUGCCGUGUGGAAUCCAUUUACCUGAAUGUGGAGUCUGUGAGCACACACAGGGAGCGAUCAGAGGCUGUCAAAAUGCAAUGCUUUGCCAGUUUAGACAGAUCUUCCUCUUACGCUGAGCAUGACUUUCUGUCUGUGGAGUCUGCAAAACACGAUGCAAAGAAGGGACCUAACCCGCUCAUGAGACGCAAUAGUGUCACCCCACUAGCCAGCCCCGAGCCCACCAAAAAGCCUCGCAUCAACAGCUUUGAGGAGCGUGUGGCUUCUACUUCUGCUGCCCUGCCCAGCUGCCUGCCCCCGGAGGUGCCCACGCAGCUGCCUGGACAAAACAUGAAAGGCUCCCGGAGCAGCACUGACUCCUCCAGUAAACACUGAAGUAGAUACAUCAGCUCCAUUCCAUUUCCAUUUCUGCAGCUUGGCUUCUACCUUCUCAUCUACCCAAGACUAAAUGAUCCCAAGGACUUCUUCUAGACUGGGGUGGGGUAGGGAAGCUGCUGGUUGGAGAGCAGCUGCACCUCUACAACGUUGGGGUGGCCAAGACACCAAAAAGCAGAUCCCUGCUUCCUAUGGUAAGCUGCAGACCUUUUCUGCUCUCUCGGGCUUCCAAGGGUGUCUGGCAUCACAGACCUCCCCCCAACAUGAGGCUUGGGAAGAUUCUGAGUAGUGGAGGAAGGGAAAGAAGGCUCCAAGAGGGGACGCUGGGUGCCACUGCACUGUUUUGUUUCCAUGAUCCCAGCUUGGCAUGGUUGUAGCUGUGGCGACAAGACCAGCAAAGAAUCCUGAAAUUAAAGGAGGGCUAGGUUGUAGUUGCUGAAGGCCAGGGAUGCCUAAAAUCUUUCACAUGGCUCUCUUGUGUGUCUUGGCCUUGGGAAAUGCCUCACGAAGAACAGAUUUUUGGCACAUGUCAAGUUGGGCCUUUUCCCCUAAGAAGUCCCUGAGCUGAGACCUGCCUAUCAACUGAGCCGUGACACUCCCUGGCUCCCCUGCAUGUAUACACGCCUUCCCAGCCCGGAGUUGAAGGACAGACUGACUAUCUAGGCGAAAGGAAAUAUCUACUGAAAUAUGAUAACUGAGGCCUCCUCUGAAAAGGGCAGGAGUCCCUCUGGAGGUAUCUGAGCACAUUGUUUUCCUGGAGCUGUUUGCUUUGCACUUUUUUUGUGUGUGGCAGAGUGUGACCUGAAAGUCACACCUUUUCUUCAGGAACUUAGAUGCUGGGGACGUUUGGCCCUUUGGGGUCAGGAGCCACGGACUGUGAGGAGUUGGGCAAGCCCAUGAGAUGGGAAGCUGAGAACCUUGGAAUCGUUGGAAGAUCAGCUCUGUGAGGUGACACAGAGAACACCACACAUCCCCCCCAUGUUGGGUGAUGGCCCAAGCUAGGUUCCUUCCAGGCUGCUUCCUCUGAGAGGUCAUCCCCAGGUUUUUGUCAAGUGUCUGCUGUGUGCCCGACACUCUGCUGGGUACCUUGGGGGAAUUCGAAGAGUUGAAUAUUGUCCUGGCUUUGCUUUCAUGGUGUCCAUGACAUUUUUGCAAUGGUGGAAAGAAAGGCUUUUAGGACAUGAAGUUCUAAAUACUGCAUGUCAGUUUCUCCUCCUUUGUCGUCUCAAAUCCUGGGGCAGGAAGGGGUGUCUUCAGCCAGAAGAAACCAUUUGAACUCAGCAGUACAGAUUGUCCAAAGGGCCCUUUUAAGGAUAUCUCACAGCUGGAGCCAAAGGUCACUUUUCUUCCUGCCUUUUGCUUGUGAGGUCUGAGAUCCUGUCCUGUCUAACUCAGGGGACAGGUUCUGGGGCGAGGGUGGAGGGGGACACACCUAAAGCUGGGAGUGGAGAGCUGAGCUAUUUUUGUUUGGUUGAGGGAGUGUUUAAAGAAUGUACUUUUCUCUAAUUGAGAUUAAAUGGGCUAUAAGGAUAACCCUACAUUGAAGUUUGUGUUUUACACCCAACCAUUCCAAUUCUCCCCUUCCACCCCACCCCUCCAGAGAGAGGGCUGUCUAUACGUUGCUGACAUGGAAGCCAUAGACCUCUAUCCCAGGACCCUGGGUCUUGGCAGACUGUGUGCAGGGGAGUGUGCAGGCUGGUCCUAUUAUGAGAUCUGUGGUUUUGCCUUUGAGGUUGUUUUCUUAGGGGCCACUUUCUGACCUCUUCCUCUCUAGUUUUCAGAGCCAAGUCUUUGAACGUAAACUCUCAAGUCUGAGACAGGCAGGGGCUGGAUGAGGGUGUGAUGACCUAAAAUCAAUGCAUGAGUAAAGAAUUCUUUGCCUAGCACAAGGCUUCAGUUUGGUAAGGGUAGAGAGCACAUCAGUAAGGUCUGGGGAAAAGCAGUGACCUGAUUUUGAGGAGGCAUUGGGGGAGGGGGUUCUGAGCUGCAGUCAUGGAACUUUUGCUUCUACUGGUUUCCUUCUCAUCCCCACAAAACAAAACAGGGACCAAUGUUUUUAACUUUGCAUAUUUGUUUUUGGGUGAUUCUCCCCUUCUCCAUUGACCAUGGGCAAAAAAGCUCUUCUCUUUGGGGGAGAAGAAAAACUGUUUGAACCACACCAAUGAUAUUUUCAUUUGUAAUACUUGAAAUUUAUUUUUUUAUUAUUUUGAUAGCAGAUGUGCUAUUUAUUUAUUUAAUAUGUAUAAGGGAGCCUAAAAAAUAGAAAGCAGUCUAGAUUGGGUUUAAUUGUUCAUUGAUUUGGGGGCCUUUUAUGUGUGAUUUUUGACUUCUCUGUGUUCUGUAUAUUUGUCUGAAUUAAUGAUCUGGGAUGAAGCUGUGCUAGCUUUCAAACAGGGGAUGCCUUCAAGAAAUUUGUAUAUUUUGCAUUUGCCAGACCAAUAAAAUACCUGGUUGAAAUACACUGAUGAAGUGCGUGUCAAAUCCUUCUGGGGAUGGGUGGAGGGGGUCCAAGAGUCUUUAACUGACACUUUGGCCAGCGCACCACUGAGCUCCUUACCUAGUACUUCGUUAUCUCCUUUUUAACAGGACAUUCAAACCCAGAUUGUCUAGUGCCUACAUUUGGGAGUGUGUC